AAACUGUGUUAGAAAUUAAUAAGAAAGGCUACCCACUCCACCCAAUCCAUUUUUGAUUUUGUAUCAGCUCUUCUCUUUCAUCUUUCUUCUUCGUCUUCUUCUUCUUCUUCACUGUCACUGGGUUUGUUUCACAUCUCUGAAGCAACACAGAGCUCUCUUUCUCUAGCUUUUUUGAGUUAAGGAAUCGACCAUACGGAGCUUUUGUAGCUCCUUGUUAUUGAAUCGGUCACAAGAAGCAGCUUGUCCCAACUCUAUUACUCUUUUGUGCUUUUCGAAUCGGAAUAGGCCAAGCCGUUUCUCUGUUUUUCUUUUUCUUCUUGCGGAUUUCUGUAUAUUGUUGUGUGGAUAUUAUAGUUCUACAAAAUGCGGGAAAACCAGAUAUUUUUCUGGGUCUUGAAACCGAUCGGAAAAACACCGGCGGCUUGAUGGAAUCGAAGCUAUUGGUUCUAGAUUCUUCAACAUUUCAUGGAGGCAAUGGUUCGGUGCAGUCCCUGUACCUUACUCGGAUUUGGCGCCAGGUCUCGAUUUACCGUGGUUAUUCUCGAGAUGCUGGGUUCAUGGUUUGUGCUUCAGAUUGUAUUGAUAUUGAUAUGCUUGAAGUCUACUGAUGCAAAAACUUCGGAACACCCCCCAAAUUGGCAAGCCUCGGAAAAGGGAACUGAAAAUAUUGUGUCGCAUUCCUGCAUUCAUGACCAGAUACUCGAACAGAGGAGGCAACCUGGUCGAAAAGUGUACACGGUUACCCCACAAGUUUAUGAUCAAUCAGGUAUAUUGAAACCAGUUCACCGUCAUGGUAGGGCACUGCUUGGUAUUUCUGAGUCAGUAGAGCAACAGAAGGAUGCUAAACAGCCCAUAAGGAUAUAUCUAAAUUACGAUGCAGUUGGCCACUCGCCUGAUAGAGAUUGCCGUAAUAUUGGUGACAUUGUCAAGCUAGGAGAGCCCCCUGUGUCUUCUCUUCCUGGAUCUCCUUCUUGCAAUCCUCAUGGAGAUCCUCCUAUCUCUGGUGACUGCUGGUAUAAUUGCACUUUGGAUGAUAUAGCUGGGGAGGACAAAAGGCAUCGACUUCGCAAGGCUUUAGGACAGACAGCAGACUGGUUCAGGAGAGCCUUAGCUGUUGAACCUGUAAAAGGGAACUUGAGGUUAAGUGGAUAUUCAGCAUGUGGUCAAGAUGGAGGUGUACAGCUGCCUCGUAAAUAUGUUGAAGAGGGUGUUGCCGAGGCAGAUUUGGUUCUUUUGGUGACGACGAGGCCUACAACUGGCAACACGCUUGCUUGGGCAGUGGCUUGUGAGCGUGAUCAAUGGGGUCGUGCAAUUGCUGGCCAUGUAAAUGUUGCUCCUCGUCAUUUGACUGCUGAAGCGGAAACUUUACUUUCGGCAACGCUCAUACAUGAGGUUAUGCAUGUCCUAGGCUUUGACCCCCAUGCCUUCGCACAUUUUAGGGAUGAGAGGAAAAGAAGGCGUAGUCAGGUUACAGAACAUGUCAUGGACGAGAAGCUUGGGCGAACUGUGACACGGGUGGUGCUUCCACGUGUGGUCAUGCACUCACGGCAUCAUUAUGCGGCAUUUUCUGUGAAUUUCACUGGUUUAGAGCUAGAAGAUGGAGGAGGACGUGGUACAUCAGGUUCACAUUGGGAGAAAAGGCUAUUGAUGAAUGAGAUCAUGACAGGUUCAGUGGAUACUAGAUCUGUGGUCUCAAAAAUGACAUUAGCUUUGUUGGAAGAUAGUGGAUGGUACCAGGCUAAUUAUAGCAUGGCAGACCGCCUUGAUUGGGGCCGCAAUCAGGGAACCGACUUUAUUACCUUUCCUUGCAAUCUCUGGAAGGGAGCUUACCAUUGCAACACAACUCAGUCGUCUGGCUGUACAUAUAAUAGGGAGGCAGAGGGUUACUGUCCAAUUGUAAGUUACAGUGGAGACCUUCCUCAGUGGGCACGUUACUUCCCGCAGGCUAACAAAGGUGGGCAGUCUUCAUUAGCUGAUUACUGCACAUACUUUGUAGCUUACUCUGAUGGAUCAUGUACAGAUGCUAACAGUGCGCGAGCACCUGACAGGAUGUUGGGUGAAGUUCGCGGGAGUAAUUCUAGGUGUAUGUCCUCAUCAUUAGUAAGAACUGGCUUUGUACGGGGUUCAAUGACUCAAGGAAAUGGCUGUUAUCAGCACAAAUGUGUUAAUAAUUCAUUAGAGGUUGCUGUUGAUGGUGUAUGGAAAGUAUGCCCUGAAGCUGGUGGACCUAUUCAAUUUCCUGGAUUUAAUGGUGAAUUAGUAUGCCCAGCGUAUCAUGAACUCUGUAGCAGAAACCUACUUCCUGUGUCUGGACAAUGUCCUAAAUCAUGCAAUUUCAAUGGAGACUGUGUUGAUGGAAGGUGUCAUUGUUUUCUAGGAUUUCAUGGCUCUGAUUGUAGUGAACGUUCUUGUCCUAAUAGCUGUAGUGGACAUGGCAGUUGCCUUUCUAAUGGGAUGUGUGAAUGUCAAAAUGGGUACACUGGAGUUGACUGCUCAACUGCUGUGUGUGAUGAGCAAUGCAGCCUUCAUGGAGGCGUCUGUGACAAUGGAGUCUGUGAAUUCCGCUGCUCCGACUAUGCUGGUUACUCAUGCCAGAAUAGUUCUACACUUCUUUCUAGUCUUUCAGUUUGCAAAAAUGUGUUGGAGAGUGAUAUUUCUGGCCAGCACUGUGCUCCCAGUGAACCCAGUAUCCAGCAGCAAUUAGAAGAAGUUGUUGUCAUGCCAAAUUACCAUCGUUUAUUUCCAGGUGGUGCUAGGAAGUUAUUUAAUAUUUUUGGAAGCAAAUAUUGUGAUGCAGCUGCAAAACGAUUGGCCUGCUGGAUCUCAAUCCAAAAAUGUGACAAGGACGGAGACAACAGGCUAAGGGUGUGUUACUCAGCAUGCCAGUCAUAUAAUAUAGCAUGUGGAGCUUCACUUGACUGCUCUGACCAAACCCUCUUCAGCAGCGCCGAGGAAGGCGAAGGUCAAUGCACAGGUUCUGGUGAGAUGCAAUUGUCUUGGCUUAGUCACUUCCACAAUGCCCUCUCUUUCAAAUCCUUCAAGGGAUUGACUGUAUAAUAUAGGUAGCUCUAGUGU